UUCCGCGCGACGUUGCUUGCUGUGCGCGAACGCAAACACGCCACAACUAGUCCGAGACGAAAAUCCCUGGCGGACGGACACGGCCAUCCCGGAGUAGCAGAUCCUCCGCAACAGCAAACGCGUAGAGCGCUUUGUGGUGGCAGCAAUUUUGUUGUACAAAAGUUUUUAGACCAUUAUUCGACCUCCCCCUGUACACACCGCCGCUCCUCUUUCUCUCGCCCCCUAUCGCCCUUGGAACGACCGCGAGUACCUGUGCUGGUGUAAGUGCUUCGGUGUUGUGUGUGCGUGUGUGUCUGAAUAAGGCCCAAGAGCAUUCGGCCAUUUUUGUUGCGUGUGUGGCGUUACUGGCGAUGCCUUCCGCAAAGUUCACUACAAGGCAAAUGUGUGAAGUUUUCCACUAGAUUUUUCACCGGGUCUAGAGCAUGGUGAGGCAAAGUCUGCUACGACCCUAACUACGCACAUCUCAGCGGGUCCCGCUGCAACCUGUUUCCUCCUUCACCGGCUCCAUCAUCCGGGCAUCCUGCUGGCUGCUCCUGGGGAAGGAUAAAACCCCCGAAUGCACCGGAAGUGAACACCAUAAAGCGGUCAGCGUUAUCGAUGCUUCUGGCCACACGGUUCGCGCUCCGACCAGUCAAGAAGCGCCCAUCAUGGAUUGGGCACAGUGAAGUGGAAAGGAUUUUACGCCCGGGAAGUGGAAGAUAAGGCCUUUUUUGUGUUGUUCUGUUGUUGCUUUAGUUGUUUUAUUUUUCUUAUCAGUUUAUAGUUUGAUUGUGACUAAACACACACACACAUUUUUUUAAUUUUUUCGUGCGAUGCGUAACAAAGGGUGCGGCUGUUCUGUUUGUCCCAUGUUUCUGGCGGUCCGAGUGCCAGCGGUGUCGUUUUGUGAGGUUCUGUGUUUCUGUGAGCUGUGGUACCCCAGUUGGUAGUGCAAAAGAAGAAAUCUUACUGUGAUAUAGUGGGGACAGUUGCUUGUGGUGGUCCUUGGGUUACGACAACGAAACCAGCCACGAAUAUUUGACAUCGAAUCUAUGUACGUGUGGAACCAAAAGUCGCGACAACUAUCAGCGCCGAAGAUGAGAGUCAGAUUCUGUGAGCUCUCACUGUGAAGAAUAUCGCAAAACGCAACUCCAAAAAAAAGGCCCUCCAAGAAUAGCGUAGCGCAGUUGUGUUAAUUAUUGUUUUGUUGGUUUUCUUUUUCUCUCAGUUUUAUAAUUUUCUUGUGUUUUAUCCUUACUUUCCCGCAUAAAAGUGCACGCAUACCGUCGCAUCCUUCCCACAAGCACAACUUCGAGAACGUUCCACUAGGAAAGUAAUAUAUCCCGUCGAAACCGGAGCAGCGAAGGGCGCGCGCGUUCUGUGCCGGGAUUGACCGCCAUUUUGGAAAAGUGGAAAACCGCGAGCAAAAGCUUAGCAAAUUGCCCACCGUGGUGAGUCGGGCCGCGGUACGCAACCGGAACGAGCCGCCCGGAAAAUGAUGGCCGCCAUUUUGGUACGCGAAAAACCGCGACGCAACCGUGAGGAUGAUGGUGAUCCUGCGACCGUGAGUGAGAGGUGUGGUGUGUGUGGCGGAAUGGAGCAGACGCUACUGUCGCACCACACAAGGACUCCCAGACUGUCCUCGGCGGGCUCGGAGUCGGUGGAGGAGAUGGAGAAUGGAGAACGGGAGCGAGAGGAGCCGGUCCGUUGUUUACCGGAUCAGCGCAGGGGGAUGGUGACCAACGGGCAUUGGCCAUGGUCAGGGUCGCGUGCCAGGGAUACGUCGCUACUCGUAGGACUAGUGUUGGUGCUGCUACAAACCGUCAAAGUUGACUGUCGAGCACCGAAGGAACCCUAUUACGGACGUGAAAUAGGACAGCUGACCAACUUCGGACAUGGCAUUAAGGGACAUGUGUUCGCCGUCGAUGAAUCGACACUGUUUGUCAAAGGAUUCGCCUACGAUGGUAACGCACCGGAUGCGUUCUUCUGGGUCGGCAAUUCGCCUCGGCCAAGUCCGGAAGGAUACAUCAUACCGUACCCGGAGGAGUACAGUGGGCGAGAACCACCGGUGCUGCAGCAGCAUAACAACACGGACAUUAUCCUGAAGCUGCCGAUGGGUAAGCGGAUUCGUGACAUUCGAUGGCUCUCGGUGUGGUGCCGCAGGUUUACGGUCGAUUUUGGAGAAAUCUUCAUCCCACCCGGACUGGACGUACCGAAGCCGAGGGUUCUGCCCGAGUUCAAGCGCCUGGCGCACGGGCUGCGUUCCAGCAACAUCAGCAUCCUGGACGCGAAAACGUUCUACAUUCCUAACCUCCACUACGAUGGUGCCGGUCCGGAUGCGUACUUUUGGGUCGGCAACGGUUCCGAACCGAACAUCAUGGGCACCAAGGUACCGAACGAGAUCGGUUCGCUGGAACCGCUGCGUGGCUAUCAGGGCGAGGACAUCGAAAUUCAGCUGCCGGGCAAUCUGACCGUGUACGACAUCGAUUGGCUGGCGGUUUGGUGCGUCGAGUAUCGGCACAACUUUGGGCACGUGUACAUCCCGAAGGAUUUGGAUGUGCCGCCGGCACUCGGACAGACAAAGAUAGCGCCGCCAUGGUGGUAUAAGCCGACGACCACAACCACCUCGACGGUAAUAACGCAAGCCACAAGCAAGCCGGCAAACGUCAACUGCAAGGAACUGCUGCGCGGCAAGCUAAACGUCAUGUGGGAGGUGAUGGACGAGUACAUCGUUAUCGAGCUGGUAGGCCGCAUCGACGAGGAGCAGUACAUGGCGUUCGGUAUUUCCGGUAGUCAUGGACACCCGCAGAUGAUUGGGGCCGACGUUGUGGUGGCGUUCUACGAUCGACGCCAGCGACGGUUCCGGGCCGAGGAUUACUACAUGUCCUCGUUAUCCCAGUGCGAUGGCAAGCUGGGCGUCUGUCCCGAUGAGCGGAUCGGUGGUAAAAACGAUGUGGAAAUAUUGUCUGGUGACCGCAGCCAUGGUGUGACCCGGAUCAAAUACCGUCGCCUACUGCAAACGAACGAAGCCGUCAACGAUCGUGCCUAUCCGUUGGAUCGUCAAAUAUCGGUAAUUGCCGCGAUCGGACCACUGAACUCGCGCGAGGAAGCAAACGCCCAUUCGCACACGGGUACGGAGGUGACGGUGGACGAUGUGCAGAUUGAUUUUGCAUCGAAGAACGAUCACACCUGUACCGAUGCGCUCGACAGUUUCCGGUAUGAGGAUGGACCACAACCAUGGGCCGCGCUUACCAUCCUAGGCGAGAAGACAAUCACGGCCCGCAUCGGUCCGACCGGAGGGAAGCGUGGCUACUCGCCCAUUACCGGACAUCCGUCGUGGGGCAUUGCCUGGUUCAUGAACGAUUUGCUGAUUCCGGAAAUUUACGUCGAACGGGGACAGACCUACACGUUCGUCGUGGAGGGUGGUGACGAUACGGCACAACCGGCCAAAUAUCAUCCACUGUACAUCACCAGCUCGAGCGAGGGAGGCUAUGGACAGCUCACCGAUGCACAGAAGCGCCGGGAAACGGUGUACGCGGGCGUAGAAUAUGAUUCGGAAGGAAACGCCUAUCCAACUGCGGCCGGUCGGUAUUGCGAAUGGAAGCACAAAACUAUUGACCGAUCGGCGGACAUUGCCACGUUUGAGGAGUAUAAGAAAACGCUCCAUCUGUCCUGUGACGAUCCGAACGGACAGCCGGCCUACCUUAACUGGACGGUUACCGACGAAACGCCGGAUCUGGUGUACUAUCAGUGCUUCACGCAUCGCAAUCUCGGCUGGAAAAUACACGUCGUCAAUCCGGGUGAAACUAGUAAGAUCAGCGGUUCGCAUGGUUUGUAUGGGUCUAAGGGUACCGGGUCCACCCUGCUGUACGCGCUGCUCCUGCUAACGCUUGCCCCCUGGUGGUUCGCCCAGCUACAGCAGGUCCUGCCCCGUGGUUUUUGAUAGUUUAGUGCACACUCCACGCACCGAACGCACCUCUGACGGUCCUCUGUAGAACUGUCGCCAUUUGCGCAAUACAGGCGAUUGGACCUGCCGUUGACGGCAACGCACCAACGCACAGAAACAAAAAAACCUUAGACUAGAGUGAGCUAUUGCCCGUAUCGGUAUGGGUUCGGGAACCGGUAUUGGUUUACCCGUACCUAUUUACAAUCGCGUUACUGUUUCCUUUUUUUGGUUAUUUUUCUUGAAGCCGCCAUUGAAGUUCUGCUGAGGAUUGGGGCGAGGAUUCAACACGCUCACCCACUUGCGACCGGUUUCCUUUCGUUCCGAACCGACUCUCGUUUACCGAUUCUCUUUCUGCACACGACUUGGUUUGGGACCGCAUCCCACCAGAUGGGUCCAUCGGCAUGGAACGCAGUGAAGGAAAUUAAAGCCAAACAAUGCAAAAGCUAAACAAGUUGCAAAACAUCUUUAUCCGUCCACACAUUAUUGAUGCUCGGUCUCGAAGCACACCGUUCUGACCCAACUGUACGCCGCACCGGAGGCACCGGAUUGUGUUGCCUUCACUGCCCCCUCCGGACGCGCGAAAAACGCAUCGCAAAAACAGUCCGCCACACAGUGGUACACCCUAUGACGACCGCCCGAUCCUCAGUAGCAAUCUUCAGCGACGACUCAAAUCUGCCUCGUAACGCAAGGGGCAAACAUUAGGUAGGCAACAAUAAAGAUACUUAAACUCGAUCAAGAAAGGACAUCGGGAUGAUCCCCCCUUAGGAAGGGUUUGUCCUGGGGGUAUAUUGCUUUUAAGCCCCGGCUCCAACGUUGGAUGUCUCUGGAGCGUCAGUUGGAGUUCGAUUGCCGGGUUUGAAAGCAAAAGGGAGGCAGUUCGUGUUCAACAUCCCGAUGCAGCCUAUCGAAUGCUUGCAAUUCAAGCAUAGCUAAACAAACCCACUACAACCAUGCGAUAUCGCCGAAAAACAUAUCUUACUAGUGUGACUCUGGAGAGACGGUGUGAGGACACAGCCCGCGGACGUCCGAGGAACCAGGCGUACGUAUCCAGGCGGCCGCUUACCCUGGACAUUGGAAAUGCGUACGGUGGAUAUAGAUAUAAGCGGAAGACGGAUAGAGAUGCUAGCUAAUCAAAUUGACGUUCGACUUUGGGGGUGGGAUCUUGGGGGAAAAAAAAGAUGGCGGAUGAUGUGAUGGAAAAUACCCCUGUGUAAGCGAAGCUAAGCUUUGCUAAGCAGCAUUAGUUAAAGAAUUAUACCACACGCCGUCGUUACAAAUAAGUUACAAAAUCAAAAACCCGACAAAGCACAAGACAAGUAAAGUGGCGAAGAAAGGUUAAAAAAAAGCAUGUCUUAAAAGCAUAAGAAAAUGGUUACCUCCUAUAUGGAAAAAAAUAUUAAUACUUUUACAUUUUUUUCAAUGGUUUUUAAAUUUUUGUAUCUUAUUUACAGUUAAAAGCCAACUGACUUUUUCAUUAGAGCGCUUCUGAGCGAGUGCGUCCCAUGAUUGUUACAUUUUAUGUUUGUUAAUUGUUGCAAUCUUUUUGACCGUUUUACACAUAGCAGUUUUGAAUAUUAGUAUUUGAUUUAUAUUCAAAAAACUUACAUCCAACACUAAUUGGACUUAAGAUACAUUACAAAGAGAAACAUCGAAUCAUUACUGAAAAAAAGACCACAAAACGCAACAAAAAAAACAGUUCAAGUGAGAAGUGAGAACAAAUUGUAAAGCAUAUUUAUUACAGUCGGGCCCCGUGCAAGCAUGGCAGGCGCAAACGAAGGACAAUAAAUUGUAGCUCUUGAAAGGCGUAAGGAAAGGUGGUGCCACUAUUUACAGUGCAAAAGACAAUAAAACUAUUUGCAUUAGCAGCCGUGGAAUAGAUCAUUAGGUCGAGGCGCAAAGCUAAAUCAAAAACGAUGAUUGACAAUAACAAAACAAAAGUGGGGUCGGUAAUUUACAAACUAUAUUCAAAAACAAAAACUCCCCCCCCAUUUGCUGCAUGCUAUUUCAAUCAAGAAACCGUCUGUUUAUUGAUGAACAUUUAACAUACAUUCAACGUUAGUGUAAUCGAGCGGGACAAGACCUGACAAUGCUUGUGGUUCGUGAGGGGGGGAGGGGGGGGGGGUGUUUUUUCGCUGGCAGGCGAUUACUUAUCCUAGAUAGAGUUUAAGAAAUACCCCACUGCACUGAGCAACGUGUUCCGGCUCGGGCACGGUGGAACAGAGUAAACUUGACAAUAAUGAAAAAUCAAUUGGAACAAUAUGUGAAACUACAAGUAGAUUGGUUAGGUCGGUAAGCUUCUGUGUGGUUAUGUUAUUACUUUUAUACAAACAAACCAACCCCCCCACCCAUUGUUAUAUGCCAUUCCGUUUUUAUGCUGUACCGCUCUAUUCGCUGUAGAUGUAAAAAAAAGGCGUCACCUAGCAUUUAGUCGUAAGGUUAGUAAGGUUAUCCGAACACAGUUUGCAUUAAAAGCAUGUGUAUGUAAUAAAAAUUCUUUCACCAAUUAAAACACACACCCAUUUUGGCAAUAUAAAAACAAAUUGAAACAAAAAUGCUCGCCCCAUUUAACAGCGCUGAUCCAGAUAUAGAUAACAAAACCCGGUGAAAUAUACCAUGCAAAUAAAACCCCCUACUUCUACUAUUACUACUACCACUACUACUACUACUACUAGCAUUGACGAUUGAUAAUGUACUGUGUAAAGGAAAUUUAAUUUCUACCAAUUAGCAGGACAAUAAUAAGCUCAAACAUUAAAUGAAGCAAACGCAAACGAAAAAAAAAAACACAAAAACUUUACCAAUAAUUGUAAAUUUAGCAAAAAAAACGAAACUCAAAAUAGGCUGGCGAAAUGCAAUUCUCUCAAAUUAAAUCACUUAACAAAACGCCCCCCUCCUUCCAACCACUGGGAGGGUGUGUGCGUGUGAGGUGGUGGGUGGUUAAAUUUUUGGUGGAGCAAUUUUAUUCUCUACUCUUCUUGUCUUUAAGAAGCGUGGCCAAAACCACCCCGUUACAUACAUUAAAUGUGGCAUCAUUUAAUCACAACUACAAACCGCACACUAAGGACAAUAAUUAUUAUACACAUAUAUUGAUAAGUGGUAAUGUUGAGAAGGUGUAAAAUUAAAAACAAAACAAAAAAAGGAAAACCAUACAAGUACCAUAUAGGACAAUUUGCUAAUGUGCUAAAUAUUAUUCUAGUGUUGAUACAUGUACAAUUUUACAAACAUUCUUGCACCAGGGGGAAAAGCUUUGAUUUACGUGCGAAAGGUUGAUAGAAGGGAAGAUGGAAUGGAAUAGAAUGGAGUAGCUACGUUUCGUUCGUCAGCGUGCUGUACGUUGAAGCUGUGUGCUGUUUUGUUGCUUCUUUGUUUCAAUUCGCUUCGGUAAUACAGUGGAGGAUGUAGGCUGAGGGUUGGGUCAAUGGCGGCAUGACUUUGGGGACGUUUUGAGCCUCGUGCCAAACAAGGGUCAUUCGACUGUUCGAGAUCUCUUUUGUAGAAGAGAUGCCUUAGAUAAGGUCUCUUUCGAUCACGAGGAUGAUCAGUAAAUGAAGCUCCCGGGACUACUAUGCCUCCUACUAUGGGAAAAUGACUACUACUAUGGGAAAAUGAAGUCUCAACGAGUAUAAGGUCUCUUGGUAGAUGAAGGCCCCUUGGAGGAUGAGCUUUUUUGGUGGAUGUGGCUUAGACGAUAAGAGUCUAAGAGUACUAAGCACUGUGGAAAAAUGUAGUCUCGUAGACUACGAGGUCUUUUGAUAGAAGAGGAUGGAGUCUCUUGGUAGAUGAGGCACCUGGAUAAUGAGCUUUUUUGGUACACUGGGCUUAGACGAUAAGAGUCCUGUGACUACUGAGUACUAUGAAAAAAAAAAUUAAGUCGCUUUUACCAGAAGGUUUCCCUCUUUCUACCAAGCUCCUUGAGAAAUAAGACUCAGUACAUGAAGCUUGUAUGAUGAAGCUCCUGGGAAAACGAAGUCUUAUCGGCUGUAAGGUUUUUUGGUAGAUUCGGCCUCUUGCAGAAAGAGCUCUUUUGGUAACUGAGACCUAGAUGAUAAGAGUCCUGUAGACUACUGAGCACUGUGGAAAAAUGAAGUUUCUUUGACUAUAAGGUCUCUUAGUGAAUGAGGCCCCUUGGAGAAUGAGCUCUUUUGGUAAUGGAGGAUUUGGUGAUAACACUCUUUCUACUAGGCCCCUUGGGGAAUAAGUCGCAACGUACUCUUUUGGUACGUGAGGCUUUGGAAGUAAGGCUCUUUCUACUAGGACCCUUAGGAAAAACCUUGGAGGUCUCUUGAAUGAUGAGACCCUUUGAGCGACCUCUAGACAACGAUAAAGCUCUAAUGAUAAGGCACCUUCCAACAACGAGGUCUCUUGGUAUAAAAGAUCUCAUUCGAUCGAUCGAUCGAUCAUUUGGAAGUCGAAGACCUAUGGGCAAUGAGCUCUCUUUCUACUUGAAGCUUGGUUGAUAAGAACCUUUAGAGUACCAUAAUUUUUGGUAGAUGACUUCUGGUUCCCAUGAUAGACAAGGUGUCCUUUUGUGCAAAAAGCUGUCUUGGAUAAGCUGAAGCUUCAACAAUAAGGCCUCUUCGGACCUUGGUAAACUACAAAGUCUCUUGGUAGUCGAAAACCCUUGGACAACGAGCUCUCUUAGUACAUGAGAUACUUUUUGGUGGAUGAGGUCCAUUUGACUUCUAUGUCUCUUAGUAGACAAGGUGUCGUGCAAAAAGCACUGUUGGAUAAAAUGAAGCUUCAAUAACAAGGGCUCUUGGUAAACUACAAAGUCUCUCGGUAGUCAAAGACUCUUGGUACACGAGGUCCGAACGAUAAGGUCUCUUAGACUAUUGGCAUUGUUGGUAGCUGAGGUCUAUUCGAUUACGAGUUCUCUUGGUAGAAGAAGCUGCUUGGACAACGAGCUCGUUCGACAGAUUGGGCUAGAACGAUAAGGACCUUUAGAAGUUCAAUUCGGCUACGAAGUUUCCUAGUCCCGUAGGUCCUUGUGACCAGGAGGCUCCUCCGAAAAAAUGGUGACAAGAUUGAACUAUGAUUGGCUAUGAUUGAUUGGGGCGGUCCGGUGGCCGAGGCGACAGCGGCGACGGUCUUCACACGGCAGGGCCGGGGUUCAAAUCCCAUCCAGACCGCCUCCCCGUACGAAAGGCUGACUACUUUUCUACGGGUAAAAUUAAGUCACAGAAAGCCAGAAAUGGCAGGCCGAGACCUCUCGGGGUUGUAGUGCCACAGAAGAAGAAGAUUGAACUAUGAGAUCUCUUAACCAACAAUGGUAUUCUGGAAGAUGAGAUGUCUUCUUGGCUCCUUGCGUCCGCCAACUCUGCCUACCGUUACUCCCGCCACUGCAAAACUCAUGUGUGGUAGCGUGUAAGCAAAACUUUUAUAAACCGCCCUACAGUUUUCGAAAAAAACAAAUUUAGUAGCUUUUUGUUGUUGUAUCAUUUAUCACCCAAACACUUCUUGGUGGCUAGCCCAUGCAUACCAAACAUUACCACUGUAAAAAUGAAACAGCUUUGAACGUUGAAACAGCACAAAUUGAGAAGCAGCACCCAAUUAAACUACAAAUUUAGAAAUGAUGCAGAAAUAAGAACGCAAACUCGUUUGCACAAACUUUCGAUUACUUUAUGUGUCUCUCGUGUAAAACAGCCAUGUGUCAAUUACAUGACAAUAGCGAGUAAGCUGAUGUGACAAAUUAGAUGAGACAGAAGGAAAAGGCGGAAAGGCGGAAAUCACUGUAGCUACUCCUAACUUAAGACAAUAAUUAAUCAACCAAACCAACCGAAAACGAAGCUGGCAAGAUGCUAAAACGAACAGUGAAAAGAAAAGCACUAAAAUAAAUUCUUCUCCUUAUCUCUCUAUAACUGAAUGUCAAUCGAGCGGCGCAAUAAAAGAAAAGGCGAACGUGGCGAAUAAUUCAUCCAAA